AUGAAGGGGACACCGAAGUCACCUCUGUGCCGGUUCAGUCGACGAAUGGUCGCCGUUCUGAAUGAGCAUGAUAUAAAGUACGAUUCCUUCAAUAUACUGGUUGAUAAGGGUGUUCGUGAGGGUCUAAAAGAAUUUGGUGACUGGCCUACAUUUCCACAGUUAUGGGUUGACGGUCAGCUUGUUGGUGGGUUGGAGAUUGUUCGCGAGGAAGUAAUUUCAGAUGCCAACUUCAUCCGUCAAUACUCGGUCGGCAAAGCCGUCGUGACUGAGAAACCUGCAGUGUGCGCAUAA